AAGCUGCAGGAGCAGGAUGAACGUGCGGAGCAGUUGAAGGGUCGUCUGCGUUGGGAGCAGAGAGAGCUGAGGGUGAGACUGGAGCAGCUACAGGGAGGCCUAGGGGGUCUGGGAGGAACAGGCGUGGUCUCAGAGAGGAUGAGGAACGACAGUCUGGGAUCAGCAGCCAUGUCCUCUUCAGAGAGGUCUGACUCUGACAGAGGUGAGUCUCUCAAUCACAGCUCUCUUCUCCAAUCACAGCUCUCUUCUCUAAUCACAGCUCUCUUCUCCAAUCACAGCUCUCUUCUCUAAUCACAGCUCUCUUCUCCAAUCACAGCUCUCUUCUCCAAUCACAGCUCUCUUACCCAUGUUUAGUAACUCUCUCAAAACGACGCCUGGGGAUAUCCAUUUGUUAGGGAGUACAUCCUUCAGGUUUUGUUGACGGAAGUGUUUUCACACUCUCUUUAUCGGGGAUAUGAGAUGGUGUCAGUCACAGCUCUUCAACAUCUUUAGAUCCAUCUCCAUUUUCAAGCGUUAGGGAUGUAGGUCUACAACGUCAGGUUUUGUUGACUGAAGUGUUCAUGUUAAAAGUUAGUAAGCUUAGUGUUUCAUAUCAGAGAAAUCCGGUGUCUUCAGUACAACUAAAGGACAUUUGAGUCUGCAAUUGCACAGAUUUGCUUUUUUUUUUUUCAGCCGUAUUUGACAGAUUGUAGAUUGUCUUUUGCUAACCCGAUGUGUUGUUGUUUUUGUUAUUGCAGAAGACGUGGAGGUUGAUGUGGAGAGUAUGGCGUUUGAGUGUCUGGACUCUGAUGGUCUGGGGACGGUCCCCCACGCAGGCAUAGAUCAC